CUGUUUCCUGCUGUUUUCACUGGCUUCCUCCCGAUGGUGUGUGCUCAGGAUUUUGCAUUUGGUCCUGGAAAGCCGCGCAGUUCCCAACCAAGUAUUCUAUUUAGUUUUUUUUAUAUAUGUGCCGACUACAACGCCAUGAAAUUGGAGUAAAGAAGGAAAUGCACUCAACAUAUGUCACACUCGGGACACACUGGCUGCGGAAGCGCCGCCAGCCGCAAUGAAGUAAAUCCAUUUUCAUUUCCAAUCUGUCUGUUCGUACUGGCUGCAAUCAGGUGUGGAGCGCCUGCGCCGGCCCGCUCCGGCCCGCACAAUGCAGCGACCAUUUCAGUGACUCCUGGAAUGUGUCAAGCCAGAUCAAACCUGGCAGCGAUGCAGGCUGGUCUUCAGGUAACCAGCAGCACCUCUCUCCAGAUCCCUCCCAAGCCCAGGACUGCUGUACUCAGGAACCGACACCCAAUCCUGCUGGAAACCCUCCAGCCCGUCCUGGUCCAGGUCAUCGUCAAUCCUCAGCGAGUUAUGGAAGGACCCCUCCAGACACCACAGCCCCCCAGGACCUGCAGCUCACCCGGACCUUCUGGGAAGUCCUGCUGGAGCUUGGAUGCCAGGGUGGCCGUGCUUCUGGUGACUCUGGCUGGAGCUGUAAUCCUGCUGCUGCUCUACAAACUCCUGCAGCUGAGACACAGGCUGAGGUUGGCGGGGGCGAGGCAUGCGCUAGAGUACUACAGCUUCUACCACACCGCCGCCUACACACUCAAACACGCCGCGUCGUGUCAGGACCUGCCAGGCAAAAACGGGACGGUCCCUGAAGCUACGCCACCUGUACAAGUAGUCGUAACCCCGGUGACCCCAACCGUCGUCACCCCGCUUCCACCCCCACCGGUGCCCUCUCCACCCCCACUGCCACUCCCCCCACCUCCUGUCCUGCCUCCUCCACUGCUCCACGCUCCACCGUCUCUCACUCCAGCGCCUGCUGUCCUGGCCUUCCCUCUCCAGCUGCCUGUGUUCCACACCACCCCGCCCAGCCCUCACCUGUCGUGGGGCGCCUGCUCGGACGCAGAUGUGUACUCUCGGAUCGGAGCUUUCAGGCCCUCCAGACUCUCCAGUCUCUCCAGCCACUCGAAAGUCAUCCUUUUUGAACACUCGUCCCUCUGACCCCCAGAACGUGACUGGAGACGUCACCAAUGUGAGAAGACUGUAGUGAUUACCAAAAACAUACUCUUCUGAUGGAUUGAUAAUCACCCAGGAAUGAGUGUGUUUGCCAUGAGUACUGUAUACUGCAUGUACGCAGUAUACGUAUAUUCUUCUUUAAAGGGACUGCACUCGAUAUUCAGAACAAAAAGUGGUCUGGGAUUAGCCUGACAAGCCAGACCCACAUCAAGAUGUUGGGUCUGGGAAUUCACCAUUGGCAGGGGCGGGAUAAACGGUUGUCUUCCAAAUUCCCUCUACACGC